GGUAUGCGGGCCACCGCACCGCGCCGGGACUACCGGGGCCGGCGUGAAAGUUGAGAGUGAAAAUUCAUUCAGUGUUCAGAGCAGGCUUCUUGACUUGUGACGUGCUUUUAGGAAGAACAAAUUCCUUCUCUCUUCAAGUUUGCUACUUGAAAUCAUUUGAAAUGCAUGUCGUUACUUGCAUUGCACCAGUUAAUAUUGCUGUUAUAAAAUAUUGGGGCAAGCGAGAUGAGGUCCUCAUUGUUCCUACCAAUGAUUCCUUGAGUGGAACUCUUUCCAUGGAACAAAUGCAUGCCAAAACAACCAUAAUGGCCAGUCCAAAUUUUAAGAAGAACUGUAUUUGGCUGAAUGGAAAAGAGGAAUCCUUUGACAAUGAACGUUUGCUGACUUGCCUGAGAGAAGUUCAGAGACGAGCUGAGCGAGAUGGCGCCAAUAAAGAUCUUCUCAAAUGGCACAUUCAUGUAUGUUCAGAAAAUAAUUUUCCUACAGCAGCUGGUCUUGCAUCAUCAGCUGCUGGUUAUGCAUGCUUCGUUUAUACCCUUGCACAGUUAUAUAGUGUGAAAGGAGACGUAUCCCAAAUUGCACGUCAAGGCUCUGGAAGUGCCUGCCGUAGUUUGGCAGGUGGAUUCGUCAGAUGGCAUAUGGGUUCUGCACCUGAUGGUUCAGAUUCCAUUGCAACACAAGUUGUGCCAGAAACUCAUUGGCCUGAAAUGAGAGUCAUUAUUCUUGUUGUAAAUGACAAGAAGAAGAAAGUUAGCAGUACAUCUGGCAUGCAGCGAUCAGUUCUAACAAGUGAACUUUUGAAGCAUCGAAUCACAUACUGUGUUCCUCAGAGAGUAAAAGAUAUUGAGAAGGCAAUUAUCUCAAAAGACUUCAACACAUUUGCUGAGAUAACUAUGAAAGAUAGCAAUCAGUUUCACGCUGUGGCAUUGGACACUUAUCCACCAGCAGUGUAUAUGAAUGAUGUCUCUCAUGCCAUUGUUGACUUCAUUCAUUGCUUCAAUAAGGCCAAGAAGUCAACAAAGGUCGCCUAUACAUUUGAUGCUGGUCCAAAUGCUUGCCUGUAUUUAUUGGAGUCGGCUGUGGCAGAGACUAUAGCUUUAGUCAACCACUUCUUUCCUGGUCACAAUUCAAAGAACAUUAUUCAAGGCCUUCCAGUGCCUCCAGCUAAUGUUCAAGAGACAAUUGCUGCAAUUGAGAAAAUGGGUGUGGUCAGGCAUGAGGAAGGUUUGCUGAAGUUUGUGAUCAACACACGUGUUGGAGAGGGGCCAAAGCAACUGACAGAUAGCAGUCAACACCUGUUAUCUCCCUCUGGUGUUCCAAAGCGAUUAGCAGAAUGAACUUCUCAACCUUUUGCUUAAAUUAUCUGUUUUGCUGUUGCAAAGAACCCAUGGAUCAAAUGGUGAUGGACUUGUAUGGUGGUGGACCAAUUCAACUUGUACCAAGCAGAUAGCUUAGAUUUUCAAUAUGGACUGAACUGACUGAACUGUUACCAUAGCUAUUUAUUUUUAAUUGGAAGGCUGGCACUGAUGGUAUGACUCUCUGGGGGCACAAUGAAGUGAUCAUGUUGGGCCCUAUUACCCAUAGGAACAAAAAUUAUAAUGUUAAAAUAAAAUGCAACUGUUUAUUUACAUGUAA